AUGCUCACAUUCCGAAGCCUAGUCCAGAAACAUCGUUACCAUCACCAGCCAAACUCGGAAAACGAAAGUGGAGACAGUGGAAAUCCCACAAGUUUUAAAAAUAGACAUCACACGGAAGAUGACCACUACGGAGUUAUGAAACUGUUCGAAGAUGACGAACUUGACCAAUCAGCAGCAGCUGCCAAAAAAACGGCAGCAGAGAAGACCAGACUAUUGAAUGCAAAGAGAAAAUUUCGCGGAUUUGUCCUGAAGGAACUAACAAUUGAUAGGUUUGAGGUCUGUGGCGUUGUGGAUGAAUGCAUGAAUGAAUGA